AGAAUUCCCUCCAGCAGCCAAAAAAUAAGAAUUCCCUCCAAAAAAGAGAGCCCCAUUCUCGCAAUCGCCUCAGCGCCGCCUCGCAUCCCCUCUUCUCCCUCGUCUGAAUUUUCAAUUCCAGAGUUUGGAACUCAGCAGCAGAUUCGAGAAAAGAGAUGGCUAAAGAUGGAAGUCCACAAGUUAGUAGAAGAGCCAGAAGGGCAUCUCUGAAUACGACUACUCCGAACUCAAAAGCUCCAAAGGCUGCUAACAUUUCGCAGCCUUUGACUAUUAAAGACCUCGUGUUCCAUGGUGAAUCAAUAAGCCUUGAUGAGCUGAUCAAUUCGUUUCCGGGAAGAAGAGCACAAAUUCUUGAAUUGGUCCAGUUUUUGGGACCUCUGAAUUCACCCACGAUUCCCUUAUUUGUCUAUGGAGGUGCAUCAACAGGAAAGACGAGCACUGUACUCUAUAUGUUCAGGCACUUGAAGCGUCCGUUCAUUUAUUGUAGUUGUGUCUCUUGUUACAGUCCUAGAAUACUAUUUGAGUCCAUAUUGAAUCAGCUUUUGCUUCAUAGGAAGAAUGAGAGUGGUGGUUAUUUGAGUGCCAAACGGUGUGAAAAGCCCUCUGAUUUUGUUAAUCUACUACGUGAAGCAUUGACUGCUCUAAUAGACAUCCUUAAAGGGAAUAUGGGAAAAUCGAGCUCUAAGAAGUCAUCUUCACAGGUCAAUGGGAGGAUGGUUUACUUGGUAUUUGAUCAUCUAGAGCUUGUAAGGGAAUGGGAUAAGAGUGAUAGCAUAAUACCCCUCUUGUUUAAUUUGUACAAUCUUCUUAAAAUCCCUGAGGUUGGUCUGAUUUUUAUCAGUAAAGCUUCCCUUGAUACAUUUCAGUCAGACACAGGUUUUGUUGAGCCUUUCCCUGUCUAUUUUCCUGAUUACACUGAAGAUGAUUUGCGCCAGAUAUUCAUGAGAAAUCAAGCGAAUCCAAAGCUAUAUUCCUCUUUUCUGGAUUUGGUGUUGAGGCCUUUCUAUAGGAUUACAAGACGGGUCGAUGAAUUAUCUACUGCCUUUUCUCCAUUAUUUAAGACGUAUUGUGAACCUCUUGGUGAUUUGGUAACAGCUCCCAGUGAAGACACGAGGAGGAAAUUAUUUAGUCAUCUGCAACCAUUCAUCUCUUUAUCACUGAAUGAGACGUGUACCAUUUCUUCUCAGCCUCUGAUUAAAGGCACAACCAACAAAGACAGGAACAUGAGGAAGAGUGUUUUUAAGAAGCCUGGAGUUUGUGAAACUCUAGAUGAGAUUGAUUUCCAUAUGUCUACUUCUGCCAAAUAUCUUCUUAUCUCUGCCUUUCUUGCUUCACGAAAUCCAGCAACCCUUGAUGCCUCACUUUUUGAUUCAACAGGAGGAACUGACAAUCGAAAAAGAAAGAGAAAGGUCUCUGAAAAAUCAAUUGACCAGAAGGAAGCAAAAGAACAAGAAAUACUCAUGAAAGGGCCUGGAACUUUUCCGCUAGAGAGGUUGUUGGCUAUAUAUCAAUGCAUCACAUCUGUUGGAGAUUAUUCACUUGAUGAUGAAGAACUACAAAAUGGUGGGUCGGGAGCUGAUGGUUCUGAUAGUGGAUCGAUGUCCGACAUUCUCUUGCAAUUGUCCAGUCUAUGUAGUGCCAACUUUAUUACCAAAGGUGGAAGCUGCCCACUAGAAGGCUCAACACGUUACCGAUCCAUAGUGUCUGAAGAUGUAGCUUUGAGGGUCGCACGGAGUCUGAAGUUCCCCUUGUCAAAAUACUUGUACAGAAGAUAGCAGAUUUGAACAUUCGACUUGUUGCCCGAACUAACUGUGGCACAGGGCAAGGAUCUAUCAGCUUCACACAGACAUGUGUGUGUAUAUGUACAUGUAUAUCACUCAAGACAGCUGCUCUUGUCAUUUGAGUCCCAGAUUGAUUGAGCAUACAACAGUUGCGAUGACAUGGUUUCCGAGUACUUCAACAUGCUGAAUGUGAAGUUUCUUGAAAAAGCUCUUGCUCUGGUGACCUGUUUUGGUCACUAGUUACCACCUUGUUUCUUUCUAGUUCUUAAUAUACCUUAAACUUCAAGAAUUUUUCUUAACUGUACGCUUAUUAUUGUAGUUAUGAAAUUAACAUUGCGCAGUUUCCUUGAGCUAUGAAUAUUUUCCUUAGUCAUUCAGAAAGUGUAGAGAUGGUGAUAUUUACUUGGCAUAUAAUCUGGGAUCUGGUUUAUUGGUUUGUUUAACCGUGUUUCUUUAUUGCAGAAGAGAGUUAUUACAGACCCAACCCUCAACCAAUGUGAUCUCCAAAUUUAUGACCAUCAUUUGUUGAGGAAGUUCGAUGCUACUUGGAUGACGUCUUAAUUACCAGAUGGCCAAAGGCUCCAAACAUUAAACAUCGUAUUUAUGUGAUCUGUCUCAUUUAUUUUGAACGAGGAAGAAAUCUGUGGACUAAGGGAUGGGGAAUAGUAGAUUAAACUAGUUGUAGUCUUUUUCUUUUCAAACUACCUGUUUUUCAUCCAACUUGCUACUUUUUUUUUCUGAUAUUUUAUAUGAAUUAUUUGAUGGGUGGUUGUUGAAAAAAAAGAUUGGUUAUUUCGUGUGGGAGAUAAAAGAAGACUAGCACAAGUUUCUUAAUUGGAUUCUAACAUCUUGCAGUUCAGAUAACUCCGAGUUGCACUUUACUGUGAUGAUGUUUCAUGGAUUGGUAUGACAAAGAAAAGGGCUCAAAUUCCAAAAUCAGGAAAUUCAUGGCAGAAUGGGGGUUGACUUUUGUUUGCUGCUGUAAUCUUUGCAUUGAAGAGGGUCAAACUCUAGGUUAUGAAACUGAGAUAAACUUGACUUGGAUUUUAGUGGGGGUUUUUUUAACGUAGAAUCUGAGGAAGAUAGGUGCAAAUAUAAAGAUCAUAUUUCUUUUUCAAAUCCUUUAUUAUUAUUAUUAUUUUUAAUUUAAUUUUCUUCUUUGAUAUUUUUGAGUCACGUAAUCCCAGCCUUCUGCUAUAAAGUGUUGGUGGGUUGUUCACCGAACUGAUGAGUGAUGACUAGCCACAAGCUACAACCCAUGUUACAUUUAUGAUCAUCAUAAAUUGAUAAAUUAAUCACGUAUGAUUUUGAGGCAAAAAAGGAGGGCAAACAACCAUAUCAUUUAGAGACCAUUUUUUCUUUGUUCUGUGCAUUUUGUGUAACUGAAAUCUCCUUUUCCAUCUAAUUUCUCAUCACCUCAUACUUUCUCAACUAAUCUCAUUUAUUUCCCUUCAUUGAAUGCUAGAAAUAAAGGCCCCAGCUCCUCUCCCUGCAGAAAUUGGUUGGAGAGAGGGAGAGAUAGAAAGGGGUAAGCUUUGGAGUUUGGAGAGAUAGUGAGAGAGAGGGUGAAAACCAUUGCAUGUUUUCAGUUUCUUUUUCCUUUGUGUAUAUAAUUUGCUGCUGGUUUUUCAUCUUUUUAACAAGGGUGGUUUCCUCUUUUAGGGUUGAAUUUUUUGACUCCUUUUCCCUUAAAACCUUCAACUGUCUCUUGCACGCAUUUAUGGUGGUGGCAUCUGACUGUUGAAGUGAGAUGGUGUAAAUUCAUGGCACAGUCUGGCCUUAGUUAUUACCCCUUUUUCUUCCAUUAUUUCCUUCAUCUAUAAAUUCCCCUUUUUUCCCCCUCAUAACUCCUCACCACACACACACACACACACACAGAGUUGUUCAUGCCACAAAAUAGUUUCAGAGUCUUUUGUUAUCACAUCUUUAGCAGCAGUUGAAAGAGGUGGUUUUGUUGUUUCUCUUUAAAAAUGGACAUGUCCAUGGCAUUGUUGUUGUUCUCUGCUGUGACAUGCUACCUGCUGUGGUUCACCUUCAUCUCCAAAUCUCUCAAGGGCCCGCGCGUGUGGCCCGUGCUGGGCAGCCUGCCGGGCCUCAUCGAGAACGCCGACCGCAUGCACGACUGGAUCGCCGACAACCUCCGCGCGUGUGGCGGCACGUACCAGACCUGCAUCUGCGCCGUGCCGUUCUUGGCCCGGAAGCAGGGCCUCGUCACCGUCACCUGCGACCCCAAGAAUUUGGAGCAUAUAUUGAAAACCCGGUUCGACAACUACCCCAAGGGCCCGACGUGGCAGGCCGUCUUCCACGACCUCCUCGGCCAGGGGAUCUUCAACUCCGACGGCGACACCUGGCUGUUCCAGCGCAAGACGGCCGCGCUCGAGUUCACGACGCGGACGCUGCGCCAGGCCAUGGCCCGGUGGGUGAACCGGGCCAUCAAGAACCGGUUCUGCCCGUUCUUGAUGUCGGCUCAGCUCGAGGCCAAGCCGGUUGACUUGCAGGAUCUUUUGCUGAGGCUGACGUUUGAUAACAUUUGUGGGCUGGCUUUCGGGAAGGACCCUCAGACCCUGGCCCCGGGCUUGGCCGAGAACGGCUUCGCCUCGGCUUUCGACCGCGCCACGGAGGCGUCGCUGCAGCGGUUUAUCCUCCCGGAGGUGAUGUGGAAGCUGAAGAAAUGGCUCCGGCUCGGGAUGGAGGUCAGCCUGAGCCGGAGCCUCGUCCACGUGGACGAGUACCUGUCCAACGUCAUCAGCUCGCGUAAGCUCGAGCUGACGACGUGUCAGCAAAGCAAGGACGCCAAUCCCCACGAUGACUUGCUGUCGAGGUUCAUGAAGAAGAAGGAAUCCUACUCGGAUAAGUUUUUGCAGCACGUGGCGCUCAACUUCAUCCUAGCUGGCCGGGACACGUCGUCGGUGGCGCUGAGCUGGUUCUUCUGGCUGAUCAUACAGAAUCCAAGGGUGGAGCACGAGAUCCUCCGCGAGAUAUGCGCCGUCCUGAUCGAGACACGUGGCGCCGACGUGGAGUCGUGGCUCGACGAGACGCUCGCGUUCGAGGAAGUCGAUCGCUUGGUGUAUCUGAAAGCUGCAUUGUCGGAGACGCUGAGGCUGUACCCUUCCGUCCCCGAGGACUCGAAGCAUGUCGUCGCCGACGACGUCUUGCCCGACGGGACGUUCGUUCCGGCCGGAUCGUCGAUCACGUAUUCGAUCUACUCGGCCGGCCGGAUGAGGUCCACGUGGGGCGAUGACUGUCUGGAGUUCAAGCCGGAGAGGUGGCUGUCUAGUGAUAGGGAGAAGUUUGUUGCCCACGACUCUUACAAGUUCGUGGCGUUUAAUGCGGGGCCGAGAAUAUGUCUCGGGAAGGACUUGGCCUACUUGCAAAUGAAGUCGAUUGCGGCGGCGGUGCUGCUCCGCCACCGGCUGACGGUGGUGCCAGGCCACAAGGUGGAGCAGAAGAUGUCGUUGACGUUGUUUAUGAAGGAUGGGCUCAAGGUAAAUCUGCAUCGGAGGGACCUUAAAUCAGUAGUGGCGAGUGUGAUUAAGGAGAGGGAAGUGGCGGCGGCGGUGCACGCCGGAAAGUCUUUAGGGGUGCUGACGUGCGGUGGCGUUGGCGGUGGAGUGGAGGUGGAUGUGGUGGUUGGGGUGGUUUAAGGCGGUGGUUGGAGUGAGUUAAAGAAGAGUGUAUAAUUCUUUGUAGGGUGGGCGCCCAUUAACUGCUGAGUGUUUUAGGCCAACUCAGUGGAUGGCUGAAUUCUCUGACAAAAAGGGAAAAAAAAAGAAAAAGAAAAAUUGUGGGGUAAAAACUCACAUGGUGAUAUGGAUGCUUAAUGUUGCGCUUGAAUGCAUGUAAAUGAGGGAGCUACACAUAUGCAUGCCAUUCAUGUUUUGGGGGUACAACCAUUCAUUGCGGGUGGUGAGAAUUUCAUGAUAGUUAAUAUUUCUUGUUUUUUUUUUCUUUCUUACUUUCCCUUUUAUCACAAAUUCAUCUUUUUGGGAGUUAUUGUUUUUUCUUUUAUAUUUGGGUUUUGUUAUUGUAUUUAUUCUUUGUAUUUCUUGUUUUGUGUUGUCAUAUUUCCCGAUUUUAUUUACUUUGUUGUUAUAUUAUAUAGUGGAACCAGGUGAGAACUGAGCAUAAAGAA